UAAGAUGACAUAAAAACAACCUUUAAGUGUGUCAUGAUUCGUAUGUUUUGCACCCGGUUCAAGACUCAAUUCAAGCUCUAAAACCCCCCCCAAAAAGAAAAAUGGUUUUGCCUAUUAUUCCUGCACGAAACCCGGGGUCGCAUGGAAGAGAUGCAUGGCUGAAUUUCGCUUAAAACACAAAUCCCUCCGCUCAUGUGUUGCAUACAUGCCGGCAGUAGUAGUCGUGGCCAAAUUGAAAGCCCUGUCUCCCCCCUUCCUCCUCCUCCCUCCCUCCUGUCCUGAUGUCAAAGCAGUUUGCAUACUGACUUCCGCCCCGCUCGGCUUUCCCUCCCUCUGCAUCGGCCGGCGAGCAGCUGAUAUGACAGGAGGAUACAGUAUCACACCGUGAAAAGCUGACUUAAAAACUUCAUGUGGAAAGUAGGCGGAUGUGGCGGGCGCUCGAUACAGGUGUGAUAAGGAUUAGGGGAAACGGAGGAGUCUUUUCUUUUUUUGAUGCGAUGGGAUUUGCUACUUUCGUGUGAAGAGGCGGACCUAUGAGACGCUCAAUAUGCUGAAGCUGUCCCCGGUGUUUGUAUACUGUACGUGGAAGUACAGAGACUAUUUUCUUCAAACUCACAGGCCUACGUAAGGAUUUAACACUUGAUAUUAUUCCUAUCUCCCGGAUAUCUUGGGUAGAACAGCUCACUACCAUUGGGUCUGUUUUUGUUUUGAGGGGAUUCCUUCAGCGGCUGCAUGUGCUGUGCAGCCUAUUCACCACACGGUCUUUUCCCCUAGCAAUAUCUUUUUUAUAAAUUCAUACAAUUAGACAUGGGGGUCUGGCUUGUCGUAGCUCCCAGCAGGCACCCCUCUGAAACAGCCAGUAAACCCAUUAGAGGCUAUUAAUCUUUUUUGGAGGGGGUCUUAUUUCAAAGUCGUUGACCCACGAUGAACUAUUACUUGGUAGGUAUUUUUUCGUGACAGCAAUGAGUGCUAAUUGUCAAGCAAAUUGCCGGAUUAUUCUUGAAGUUAUUUAUUUUUAAGGUGUCUCUUUUAAUUGUGACACCCCGUAUUUCUUCUGCUUAAAAAAGACUAUUUUUCUCUUUUUUUUUUUUUUUUUUGACUGGCUACUGCUGGUCUGAACCUGACAUUUUUUUCUUCGGGAUUGCCCCAGUCAUCCCCACUGUAACGGAUACCUAGGCUUUCCCCUCAUUUUGUUCCACCAUGAGUUACAUCCACAAGGUAUUGAAUGUAUUGCUACGUGGACUCGUCAUCUAUGCGGUACUGGGGUGCACUUACUCGAAUGAUCUACCCAGCAGCCCCCCGUCUGAUGCUGCAAAUGUAGCCACCACAGACCCCUGUCUCAUCGUGAUUCCGCCAUGCAUGGGCGAGGAGGACCGCUUCAGUCUGGAUGCGCUGCGGCACAUCCACAAACAGCUGGACGACGACAACGACGGGGGAAUAGAAGUCAACGAGAGUGUGGAGUUUAUAAUAGAAGACAUGAAACAGCAGCAGACCAACAAGCACAGCAACCUGCACCGUGAGGACCAGCACAUCACCGUGGAGGAGCUGUGGAAGGGCUGGAAGGCCUCCGAAGUCCACAACUGGACGGUGGAUCACGCGGUGGAGUGGCUGAAGGAGUCCGUGGAGCUGCCGCAGUACGAGAGGCACUUCCGGGACUUCAGAGUCACGGGGAACACUUUACCUCGAAUGGCGGCAAAUGAACCGUCGUUUAUGUCGAUGCAGUUGAAGAUAUUAGACCAGCGGCAUAAACAAAAGCUUAAUCUAAAGGCACUAGACGCGGUGCUUUUCGGCCCUCCUCUACGUCCGCAACACAACUGGUUGAAAGACUUUGUCCUGAUGGUUUCCAUAGUGAUAGGUGUCGGGGGCUGCUGGUUCGCCUACGUGCAGAACAAGUCCAGCAAGGUGCACAUCUCUCAGAUGAUGAAGGAUCUGGAGAGUCUGCAAAACGCUGAGCAGAGCCUCAUGGACCUGCAGAGCCGGCUGGAGAAGGCGCAGGAGGAGAACCGGACGGUGGCCGUGGAGAAGCAGACCCUGGAGCAGAAGAUGCGAGAUGAGAUCAACGGCGCAAAGACGGAGGCUCACCGGCUGCGAGAGCUGAGGGAGGGCGCCGAGUGUGAACUCAGCCGGCUGAAAUACGCCGAGGAAGAGCUAGUACAGGUUCGAAAGGCCCUGAAGCGAGCGGAGAAGGAGAUGCACUCGGAGCGCUCGGUGCCCGAAGCUCUGCAGAAGUGGCUCCAGCUCACACACGAGGUGGAAGUCCAGUACUACAACAUCAAGAAACAGAGCGCUGAGUUCCAGCUCUCCGUCGCCAAAGAAGAGGCAGAGAAAAUCAAGAAGAAAAGAGGGUCUGUGUUUGGAACCCUCCAUGUAGCCCACAGCUCAUCACUGGAUGAGGUGGACCACAAGAUACUAGAAGCAAAGAAAUCCCUGUCGGAGGUGACGGCGUGCCUCAGGGAGCGUCUGCACCGCUGGCAGCAGAUCGAGAAGCUCUGCAACUUCCCCGUGGUCAACAACUCGGGGCUGCCCAGCCUGACGGCCAGCCUCUACUCCGACCACAGCUGGGUGGUCAUGCCCAGAGUCUCCGUGCCCCCCUACCCCAUCGCAGGAGGGGUGGACGACCUGGACGAGGACACGCCUCCCAUCAUUCCGCAGUUCACUACGGCCACGUUGAUCCGGCCCUCUCUGACCCGCAGCAGCAGCCUGUGCCGGUCCCGCCGCAGCCUGCUGAGCUCCCCCCAGUCCUCGCUGAUGUCCCCGGACCCCGACCUGCUCUCCAUGGCCAGCUCGUCCCUCUCCUAUCGCUCCGAGGCCGACGACGAACAUAUCAUGUUCAGCUCGGAUAGGAGGGGGUAUGUAGCGGUGGCCGGGACGCCGCGGAAUGGCUUUACAGUUUGGACUCACAGGCACCCCAGGGACCCCAGGGACCCCUCUCAGGAGUGCUGCUCCGACACAGACUCUCUCGGCUCCUCCAUGAGCCGCAAGCAGCUGCACAACCCCUGCACGCCGGGCUCGGAGACCCCGUACCGCAAGAUCUCCCGCGAGGAGCUGCUGCUGUUCGCCCAGAGGGAGAACAUGGAGCUGCCCGCCUCCACCCACACCCCCCACACCCCCAGCAGCAGCAGCAGCAGCAGCCUCAGGGACUCCACGCCUCCUCCUCUGCCCCACCAGGCCAGCACCCCCUCCGGCUCCCCCUCCCCGGCCCUGGAGCACCACCCGUUCCCCCACAGAGGCUCGCCAGACAUCACCCGCUCCAUCCCAGAGUCCCAGAGCAUGACCUUCUCCCAGGGGAACGCCACCUCUCCCACGGGCAAAGGAAUGUACAACGGCAUCCUGGAGAAGUCCUACAGCUACAGCCAGCUGCCCGCCAGCAUGCUGCCCAACAAGGGCCGCAACCCCUCCCUCACCUCCCUGGACUCAGGCGUGGGACGGGAGUACAAGCUCCAGAGCACCUCCUCCCAGGACUCCAGCGACAAUGGAGAGAAAAUCAAGCGCUCCUCCUCUAAAAUCAAAAGCUUAUUUAAGAAGAAGAAAUAAAACUUGAGAUAGCGAGAGAAAGAAAUCAAAUAUAAAGAGUCGUUUUAGCCCCAAUACUAAAAAAAACAAAAAAAAUGGACAUCACUGUAAGCUAAAACAUCUUCUCUGGUAUUUUCUUCUUUUUGUCGUCAAAGAUGGAAUGUAGCUCAGUCUGGGUGCCUUAAAACGCCUCGGACUGGUAGCCUUAUUUUUCAAUAAUGCCUUUUUAUUUAGUUCACUCAUAGCCUCACAGGAAAACCUGCAAGGGCCGAGGAAAGGUCAAGGAAAGGUCAAGGAAAGUUCAACGGUCACGAUAGUUGUCGUCCAGACAGCGUAAACACAUGACCUGCUCGCUAUUCGUUUUGGUGUGAACCAAAAAGUGUGUAAGGGUCUAAAGGUGCAGUCCAUCUGUAUUGUUUAGCACAGGAUGAUGUUCCUACUGGAAGUACUUUAAUCACACUUCCAGUAGGAACAGCGUCACAUUACAUUACAUGUGAACUUACUCAAUACUGUGGGCAAUAUGUCAUCAUCAGAAAAAAGGUCUUCUUUCUUUUAAGAUUACCAACUCCUCCUCCCCGCUCAGAUUAUGGAUUGCAUUUUACGAAGUGUUUGAGUCCUAAACUCACGUACUUGAAAAUAAAUCCUGCUAAAAGUUUGUUGCACUACUGCUUUCCUGGUAUUUUAGGAAAGCGCCGCUGCUUGCGGAGUACAUAUUGAAUAAAGUUAUAGAGAUGAGGAAGCCAUGGGCAACGGCAGUGGAGAGGCAGCACAUAACGCCAGAGACAAAACUAUCUGACGCUUCUUCAAUGCCACUGCUCAUGGAUGUCUCAAUAUAUAUAAAUAUAUAUAUACUUUGUUUUCACAUGAUUAUGUUCUUAUAGAUGUUUUUAAAUAGAUUUUUAUUGGCGGGGGGUUCCUACUGUAUGAACUGAUCUUUACCGAGGAGAGUUUAUUGAAUAUGCAGAUUUAACCCGCACCAGUCAUUUUACCUAUAAUCUAUCUGUCCCUUUUUACUUGAUUAACUGUGUCCUGUAGCAAUACCAAUUUCAAUCUUUGUCUUAAAUACAUUGUCCCCCCUUUAAAAUGUGGUGUCACUACCAGAUUUCUUUUGCGGUUGGAGUGCCAUAUUCAUAUUUAAGGAGACCUGAGUGGUGCCAGGAAGUCAGUCUCCACUGUACGUUUGUUUCCAGGAUACAAAAAAAAAACACUAAGGAUUGUCUGUUUGAAAAAGGAACUAUUUGAUCCAAAUGUCAUUGACACACCGCCCCCCCAUCCCACACUAAGCUCGAAGCCGACCCAUGCAAUACGGUCCCUGUUCCUUUUCCCCUCCUCCUGGGCCUGCACCGAGCGCACUGAUGUCAAAAGCUCCUGCUUCACACUGUGAUUUCUGCCUCGUUUCCCCUUCAUCCUGGACCUGGCUGCAGCUCAACACGACGGGGGGUCACGUCAAGAAAACGUGACACGAUAAAAUGAUGCUGUGUACGAGGUGUGUCUGCGGGAGGCGAGGAUCCUCUGUUUUUAGAAGAAAAAAAAUAUAGGAAAGUUGUGGCAAAACCACACAAUGAAGGAUACAAGACAGAACUGCAAGAGGAGGAUAUGAAUGUUUACGAGACAUUAGGGUUUUUUUGAGAACAUUUUGUGUGUGAAUAUUUGUAUACUGUAGAAGAAUUAAUUAAAAAAAAUGGAGGCA